GCGAAUAAUCAUUAGUUUUAUCAUAUUGUUUUGAAUAGUUGAGUUUCUUGCUUAAAAUGAAAGUGGAAUUAUUAUUGCUGUUAUUAGUAGUAUUUUUGAAUGUUUCAGCGGACUCCCUUCAUCAUCCAAUUGUUACUUUAUCUGAAGGAGAUGUUGAAGGAUUCAUAGAACACACAGUGAAAGGACGUUCUUUUUAUGCCUUCGAGGGUAUACCAUACGCUCGACCUCCAAUUGGUGAUCUUCGUUUCCAGGAAUCAGUCCCUCCAGAACCUUGGAAGGGUGUGUGGCAAGCGAAAACAAAAUUCAAGUGUAUGCAAUAUGAUCAUUUUACUCCCCCUGGAUCUGACAUGGUCUCCGGAGAUGAAGAUUGUUUAUACCUCAAUGUGUACACCCCCAGUCUCAAGCAUUCGGAAGCUUUGGAUGUUCUUGUUUAUAUUCAUGGAGGAGCAUUCAUGUUUAAUUAUGGUGCAUUAUAUGGCCCUCAGAUAAUCUUGGAUAGAGAUGUGGUAUAUGUGAGCAUUAAUUAUCGUUUAGGACCGUUAGGUUUCUUGAGUACAGAAGAUAGCGUAGUUUCUGGAAAUAAUGGGAUGAAAGACCAGAUUCUAGCCCUGAAAUGGGUAAAAUCCCAUAUCAAGAAUUUUGGGGGAAAUCCUAACUCCGUUACUAUAUCAGGAAUGUCAGCCGGUGGAGCUAGUGUGCAACUACAUUAUCUAUCUCCAAAAUCAAAAGACCUUUUCUCAAAGGGUAUAUCACAAAGUGGAGUAGCUCUAAACCCCUGGGUUUUAGUAGAAAAUCCUCUCCAAAGAUCAAAAAAGUUAUCGUCUAUUGUUGGAUGUCCAGUAGAAAACAACAGCGAAAUGGUAAGCUGUUUGAAAACAAAACCUGGAAGACAAAUUACGCAGGCAGUGAAAUAUUUUCAACCUUGGCUCUACAAUCCAUUUUCACCAUUCGGUGUAGUAGUCGACAAAAAUUGGGCAAACGAUCCAUUUUUAGAAGACCACCCUUAUAUUUUAUUGAAGAAUGGAUAUGUUCAAGAUUUGCCCUGGAUUACCUCAUACGUGUCUUCCGAAGGUCUCUAUCCAGGUUCAGAUUUCUAUUCUGAAGAACACAUGGAAUAUUUGAAUCAAAACUGGAAUGAAAUUAUUCCAUACAUAUUACACUAUGAUGAUGUUGUACCCAGCAAUUUGAAAGACAGUAUCACUGAAAAGAUCAAAUCUGAAUAUUUGCAGAGUGGUAAUGUUACAAAGGAUUCCUUUCACAUGUUGGUUCAGAUGCUGAGUGAUCGACUAUUUAUUGCUGAUAUAGAAAAAUCCGGUCGCUUACAUUCCGCUGCAGUGAAAUCAUCGGUUUAUAGUUACUAUUUUGAUUACCGUGGGUCCCAUAGUAAAUCAGAAUUUAGAACACAUAACGAUGUAAAUUUAGGAACAUCCCAUGGGGAUGAUACUAGCUAUAUCCUCAAAACCAAUUUGGACACAUUAUCAAAUGAAGAUGAUCGAAUGAUGAGCAAUAUUAUGGUUGAUAUGUUUACGUCUUUCAUGAAAACUGGCAAACCAAAUAUAUCUUCUGAAUGGAUCCCUCUAUCUAAGAAAACAUCUGACCGUUGGAGGCAAUUACAUGUGACCAGUCCUUAUAAAAUAUAUGCAGAGGAACAAACGGAAUUGGGUAACCAAAAAUUUUGGAACAAAUUACCAUUUCAAGAAAAUGAAAAGUUGUUCAAUCAAAAAGAUGAGUUAUAGAUAGAAUCUGAUGAAAAUAAGCAAUUACUCUUUAUAACCACAUAGGUAGAUAUUGAAAUAAAAGACAUUCUAAAAAUUAACAAGUUAUAUUUAGUUAUAAAUUAUAAUUUUUAAUAAACUGAUUGAAUAA